UGAAGGAAUUUAGAUGUAAACUGAGUGUUUAUAAACUUAAAAUUAAAAAAAAAAAAACAAAGAAAAAACAAAAAUCAAAUGAAUACCCAACGAAACAUGAAUAGUUACUAAAGGAAAUCAACAUUAUUUUAUUUAAAAAGAAAAUAAUAAUAAUCCAAUCCACUUUAUUUUUAAAACAUAUGAGACUUGUUUAAAACCCUUUUACCUUGUCGGAGGUUUUUGUUUUCUCCUCCAACUUUUAAGAAAACGUGUCCUAUGCAGUUAAAGUAGUUACAAAUCCAAGCCUUACAAACAAAAGAGAGGGUCAUGUCAUCGAAAACGUGUGGGAGUUUUUCAGCAAUUUUCAAAAAUCAAUCAAUCAAGUCGUAAGCAAAACCAACAAGAUAAAUCCGAAUUUAAUUGAUUAAAGGCAUAUUGAAAAGAUUAAAAUUAUUUUUGUUGAGUUUAAAAUCACUCUGAAAUUUUGUCUAAUUUUCAUACCAUCAAAGUGAUUUUAAUCACUCCGAACAUGCUUUAAGAACAACUCUGUCAUUGCAUAAUAAGAGUUAGAAAAGCUUACAACUCUUGGGGAUCUUGGUAGGUUUUGAUUGCUUUGAGGCAGGAACAAUAGGUAUUUCCUGGUAGUUCCCUUUGCUUUCUUCUCUGUUGUUGCUCUUUUUUUUUGGAGUGACUUGUGAUGGGGCUGUGCCACACUGGAUAAUAGCCCUCUUCCCACAAAUUCUUGUCUUGUCCAUCCAACCAACCAAGGAGAAAAGCUUAUUUCAGACAGUAAGUUGAAAUUCCGUGUAAUUGUCAGUCUCCCUUGCUUCAUACUAAAGAAAGACAACAGUCUGAUUCUCGCCCAUUUAAUCUUAUAAACUCUUUUAUCAUUCGUUCCAUACUUGUUUCUACAAACCAAUACGAAAUCACUUGAAGCUAACUGAAGCAUUUGAAGCAGCAAUUCAAUUACUUUAUAUCGCCCUUCAUUUUCACUAUUUUGUUCCAAUGGUGGUAUGCCGCUUUGAAGUUCCAUGAAACGUAAACUUGUUCGUGGAGACGAAACAUCGAUAUGAUCAAACAAGACGAGGGAUCGAGUGGGAUAACAAGUCCAAAUGAAUCUGGGACAAUUGCUGCAUCGCCAUCGAGACCUCAUGAAGCAAAAGGGGUCAUUGGAGGGGAAAGCGAGAACCGUGUGCAUGAGAAUGAGGAGGAUGGCAAGAGGCAUGGAGAGGAAAUGCAAGAGAGCUCUAGACAGCCAGAGAGUAAUCAAAAUUGCAUCAUUGAUAUAAAAAGCAAUGGUGGUUCAAUGGAUGGUGAAGAUUCUAGUGAAGAAAAGGUUUGCAGGAUAUGUCAUUUGAGCUCCGAACACGAGUCAAUAACUUCAGAUCUCAUACACCUCGGAUGUAGCUGUAAAGACGAGCUUGGAAUAUCCCACCGUGACUGUGCCGAGAUUUGGUUUAUGCAUCGAGGCAACAGACAGUGUGAGAUUUGUGGUCAGACCGCAACAAAUGUGAGGAGAAACAGGAGUAGCGGUUUCGCGAUACAGCAGAAUGAAAGGAGGUUGGUAGCAAGCUCAACCGUGUCUACGGUGUCCUUGGACAAUGAGGUUUCAUUAUCAUGUUGCUGGGGGCAACGCUUCUGUAAUUUCCUAUUAACAUGCACAGUUCUAGCUUUCCUCCUCCCAUGGUUUUUUCGUGUAGAUUUCUUCGGAUGAUGAGCGAGUCUUUCUCAAACAUCCUAUCAUCACAUUAA